GGAAAAGAUUUCCACGCGUGUGCGAGCGUGUGUUUGGAUGUUUAGUCGAGACUAAACUUUAUGAUUGUUAUUGACCGGAAGUGGCGGCUGUUAACUAACCGGAGUUGCGCAGACGCACGUGUUUGCGUCUCUGCGGUUAUUUCUUGUCGACUUCGGGACCUGAUACACAGACGAGCUGCAGACACGCGUGUUGAUGAUGUCAUCAGCAGAUGAGCAGCUGUGUCUGAAUAUUUGCAACAGCGUUCCAUCAUCAUCAUCAUCAUCAUCAUCAUGGAGCACCAGCAGGAAAUUACCUACAGCUCAGCAGAGAUGGGCGUCAAAAAAGCAGAGAAUGAAGAGGAAGAGGGGACUCGGCUCCUCCUCCGAAGAGGUCAAACAGACGAGAUGGACUCCUCACUCAGCUGAUGAGGAGGAGGGGUUUGGUGUAAAGGCUCCGCCCACUGAUCUAACUCCCAGUACACCACCAAAGAAGAAGGAGCGAGUACAGAAAACAGGAUGCAGCGGCAUCAAGACUUCAUCUUUGUUCAAACAUAAUCCAGAGGUCCCAGAGUUCCACAGUCCAGUUGUUUCUGAGUUAAAGGAGAAGAUGUUCACCUCCGACUCGUUUUCAGACCUACACCUGCACCCCCACCUGGUGGCGACUCUGAACAAAGUCCUGAAUGCUUUCAUACUAACCAGCAUCCAGAAGCAGACCAUUCCUGUUCUUCUCUCAGGACGAGACGCUUUAGUUCGCUCUCAGACAGGAUCAGGUAAGACGUUGUCCUACGCCGUCCCACUGGUCCAGAGUCUUCAGUCCCUCGAGCCAAAGGUCAGCAGGUCUGAUGGACCUCUGGCUCUGAUCAUCGUCCCCACCAGAGAGCUGGCUCUCCAAACCUUCCAGACCUUUCAGAAACUUCUCAAGCCCUUUACCUGGAUCGUCCCCGGUGUGCUGAUGGGGGGGGAGAAGAGGAAAUCCGAGAAGGCCAGGAUCCGUAAAGGAAUCAACAUCCUGAUCUCGACUCCUGGACGUCUGGUGGAUCACAUCAAGCACACCCUGAGCAUUGCCUUCAGCGCCGUCCGCUGGCUGGUUCUGGACGAGGCCGACAGGACUCUGGAUCUGGGCUUUGAGAAGGAUCUGACCCACAUAUUAAACAGUCUGAACUCUACUGGACCGACCCGGCAGAACGUUCUGCUGUCUGCGACCCUCUCACGAGGUGUGACUCGAUUGGUCGACGUCUGUCUGACAGACCCCGUCAGCGUCCAGGCCUCCGACCCGUCUACCUUUGGCCCCACCCCUGCAGCAGCGUUGACCUGUGACCCUUCCCCAGCUAGCCAAUCGGAGAGCUUUGCUGUACCGGAGGCUCUGAAACAAUUUGUGGUUUUGGUUCCUAGUAAGAUCAGACUGGUCUGUCUGGCUGCCUUCAUUCUGAAUAAAUGCAAGUUUUCGGACAACAAAGUCAUCGUCUUCGCCUCGAGCUGCGAGGUCGUCGAGUUCCUCCACUCGCUCUUCACCUCCGUCCUGUCCAAUUGCCCGGCCAAUCGCAAGCUCCGGUUUUUACGUCUCCACGGCAACAUGAAACAGGAGGAACGCUCGGAGGUGUUUGAGGAGUUUUUGGUGUCUGCAAGUGGAGUCCUGCUGUGCACGGACGUUGCAGCCAGAGGGUUGGACCUUCCUCAGGUCACCUGGAUCGUUCAGUUCACUCCUCCGAUGUCAGUAGCCGAGUACGUUCACCGAGUGGGCCGGACGGCCCGGAUCGGAGGAGCAGGGUGCAGCCUCCUCUUCCUCACUCCCUCAGAGACGGCCUUCAUCGCUGAGUUAGCCAAUCACAACAUCAGCCUGUCAGAGAUGAAGUCGCAGGAUGUUUUGUCCUGUCUGAUGAUGGAUGACACCUACAAGGGGCGGGGCAAAUACCACAGCCAGAGUUCGUCCAAAGCUCUGGAGCAGGACAUCCGUGAACGCGCCACUGUCCUUCAGACCGAGUUUGAGAACUUUGUACACUCGGACGCGGAGUCGCUGCAGGCUGCCAAGAAAGCGCUACAAUCCUUCCUACGAGCGUACGCUACCUAUCCUACUCAGCUUAAACACAUCUUCCACAUCCGCUCCCUUCAUCUGGGGCACGCCGCCAAAAGCUUUGGCCUCAGAGAUGCUCCUCAGGGCCUGGGUGCCUCCUCAGGCCCCAAAGGUCAUAGGAACAAGGCCCACAGCAAGAACCAGACCAGGGGGACGUCUAGGAGUCCAGUCAAGAACAAGGACAAGAUGUCUGGAAAGUCCAAGUUAUUUUCUGGUCGGAGAGAGGCCGCUCUACUGCGGUCUGAGUUCUCCAGUGGUUUGGAGAGACGAAAGGCUUUGAAGAAGAAAAACAACGCGUAAAUCUGUGGAGGAGUUCUGAAGUAGUUUCGGUCUGAGACGAGUUUUCAGGUCGACUCCCAGAGCUUCAGUUUCGGAACAAAAAGCUUAUUUUGUUUAAACAUUUUAAAUAAACUUUCUGGUAUUUUUGUUUCUA